AUGCCAGACAAUGGAACCAUUGUCAGAAGAACUACGUCUUUCAAUGUGUUCUGCAGUGAAAAGCUGAAGGCCAACCCACAAGGGGGCUUUCAAGCUGUUGAAUGGGGCAAUCAGUGGAGGCAACUUACAGAUGCCUCCAAAAACGAGUAUGCAGGUAAAGCGCUGGCUGCAAGGAAUAAAAAGAUUGAUAUAAAAGCAAUCAUCAAAAACAUCCAUUCCAUGUUUUUACUGUUGAAGGAAAAUGAAGAAGAAGUUAAGAAAAGUGGAGUAGAGGGCCUCUGCCUUAUAACGUCAAAAAACUGUAAUAUUCAUUUUACUGAAUUUGGAAAUAUGAAGGGUCUCAGCCAGACCCCACAAAUAUGCAACCUCAUUACGGCAUAUUCAAAUAUGGAAAAUCUGGACUUGGUACUUGUCAACAUCAUCUUACAUGUUCUCCAUUACUGUUUUGCAUUUUACAUAAAAGAUCUGUGUAAUGUCAAAUGUUGA